AUGACCGCUUCAGCUCACCAUCUUCAGCACAACUUCAUUAGCAACAAAACAUCAAACACCUUCAGGGCAGCAACUUUGCUCAAUCUUCCAGGAACAACCAGUAGUGGGAACUCCCCCUUUAGAACAGCCAGAUCAGGCUUCCAGCAGAGAGAUGCCACUCAGAUGAAACCCAGAGAGCAUAUCCAGCUUCUGGACCCGUAUAUUGAUUAUCUCUUCUUGGGAGACUAUGUUGACCGAGGCCAGCACAGCUUGGAGACAAUAACUUUGCUUCUUGCUCUUAAAAUUGAGUACCCUGAAAAUGUACACUUGAUCAGAGGAAAUCAUGAAGCUGCUGACAUCAAUGCUCUUUUUGGCUUCCGCCUUGAAUGCAUUGAGAGAAUGGGUGAAAGUGAUGGGAUAUGGGCUUGGACAAGAUUCAAUCAACUGUUCAAUUAUCUCCCACUUGCUGCCAUGAUAGAAAAGAAAAUAAUCUGCAUGCAUGGUGGCAUAGGAAGGUCAAUAAACACCGUGGAGCAAAUUGAGAAACUUGAAAGGCCUAUCACAAUGGAUGUUGGUUCCAUUAUCCUCAUGGACCUCUUAUGGUCUGAUCCUACAGAAAAUGAUAGCGUGGAGGGUUUGAGACCUAAUGCACGAGGGCCCGGCUUAGUGACAUUUGGGCCUGAUCGAGUAACAGAAUUCUGUAAACGAAACAAAUUGCAAUUGAUCAUAAGAGCCCAUGAGUGUGUUAUGGAUGGGUUUGAACGUUUCGCUCAUGGACAAUUGAUCACUUUAUUUUCAGCAACAAAUUACUGUGGUACUGCAAACAACGCAGGGGCCAUACUUGUUGUUGGCAGGGGCUUAGUUAUCGUGCCAAAGUUAAUUCAUCCACUUCCACCGCCUGUUAAUUCACCUGAGUCCUCCCCUGAACGUGGGGAUGCCACAUGGAUGCAGUUUCAAGGUACAUAUGGUAUAGCCAAGAAGAACAACCAACAGGACAUCAUGGAUACACCUGAGAUCAGUUCCCUGAGUAAGAAGGUUUGCAAAUGUUUGCAUACCAUGCUGCAGCCUGGGACGCUGUUUAAACAGGACAGCCAUACAAGUUACCAGAUCUGA